CUAUAGCUAUAUUUUUGAGUAAAGACAGGCAAUGAUGCUUGUCUAUCUUUUUAGAGAUUUGAUUUGUGAGAGAUGUAUGUGUAUAGACAUGUUUUCGAAGAUUACAGAAAUUGCAGAUAAUGUAGUUCGCGUAGAAGCAAGUGUGUGUGAUGGCCUCCGAGAGGAGAGGGACUAAUAUGAUUUAAUUUGCUGACAUUUCUUCUGAGCGAAACCGACUAAAAUAGAAAGUAACAGAUUGCGAUAUCAUUGCAGCUUUUUUCUUCCUUCUUUCUUCUUGUGUCUCAUUAAAUAAUUAUUACAGCACUGAGGACUACUAAUCACCAACAAGUCGAGCAAAUAUAUAUUUAUCUUCCACACAAAACAACAGCAACAGCAAAACCUUAACUUUAUUUGUUUAAUUCCUAACUCUACCACAUUGCAUGUUUCGAGAUUAAGUCACGUCUUCCUUCUUCGGUGGAAAUUUAUGCAAAUAUUUGAUCUCAUCUUUGCUUUUUCCAGGAGUCAAAGCGAAACCCGAACCUUUGAAAAUACUCACAAUAGUUUAUUAGUAUUGUUGUUGUUGUUUUUGAUAAAGGUAGAUUCAAUGUGUUCCUAUUUGUGCGUAGGUUAAUACACAUACUGACAUCUGUCCCACGUACAUUUAGUUCCAAUCUCGCACACAUCUCUCUCUCUCUCUCUCUAUUUCUGUUUGUCUCUAGUCUCUCACACUCUUCAACGUGUAUGUUUAUAUAUAAGCAUGUACGUAUAGUUAGUAGCUGUACUUAUAUCAAUAAAAACCACCGCAGUAAACAUUACAGUGAUUGCUGAAAUAGCCACCUGAAAAAGAAGACGAACUCUUUGGAAAAACGAAACAACAUCCAAACAAAUAACAGAACCCGAAACAAGACUUGCUCCCUUCUAUUCGAAACUUGGAUCGUCUUCAUUGUCAGUUUUAAAGAAAGGAAACCGAUAGAGAGAGAGAAAGAGAGGGAGCAUGUCGUCUUUUUCGGACAGCAACUUCGUGAAGAAGUUGUCUGAAUUAAACAAUACACAACAAAGUAUUCAGACUUUAUCUCUGUGGCUCAUCCAUCACCGCAAACACUCAAAGUCCAUUGUCCAGGUUUGGUUCCGAGAACUUCAGAAAGUGAAACCAAACAAGAAGCUUCACUUCAUUUAUCUUGCUAAUGACGUCAUCCAGAACAGCAAGAAGAAAGGCCCAGAAUUUUCCAAAGACUUUGGUACCAUUCUGCCUAAUGCUUACAAACACACAGCAAAAGAUGCUGAUGACAAAAUUAAACAGACAUUGGAAAGAAUCCUGAAUAUUUGGGGAGAGAGAGGAGUCUAUGACAAAGACUUUAUCAAAGUGAUGAGGCACAGCCUCAACUCUCCUUGGUCAGAGACAACAGAUCUGUCAUCCACUUCAUCAUUAUCUAACCACAACAUCAACAGUAACAACAACAACAGCACCAACUCCACUACUACCACCACCAGCAGCACCACCACCACCACCACCACCAAUAAAUCACCAACAGUGAAGAAGAAGAAACACCAAGAACACCAACUGACCCUUAAGCAAGAAAUUGAUGCCAUGGAUGAAAUUGGAGAACCCCCAACGACUGAAGAUCUCGUGAAAAACCUGUAUAAUCUAGAAAAUUCUCCAUCGAGUGAUGCUGCUGUCAGAGAAAGAAUUGCAGCUCUUCCACAAGAAGUUGCUGACCAUACAUGUUUAGAAAAGUUAAAAGAUAAAGAAGAUGCACAGAAGUUGUCUGAAACAGUAGAUGAAGCUUAUAGUUUGUUGACUGAGUACAACCAAAGACUGAGCCAAGAACUCAUAGACAGGAAAGAAAAUGCUCGUAUGGUGCGGACCUACCUGAAUCUUCAACGAGAUCUUCUACAAAUUGCAGAGUCUAGACUCAUUGAAUACAAACGAAAGUUGACCAAUGUGACGACAGUCCGUGAAGAGUUACAGUCACACAUCCAAAACUUACCAGACUUAACAUUAUUACAAGAUGUUACCCCAUUACCAUCCGCAGGAGACCUCUUUUCCAUUUGACCAACCACAACAUUAAUGAAGUCUUUUUUUUUAAUGUUUUUGUUAUCCCUCCACCCCAUUUUAGAAUAAAUUAGUUAUAAUGCUAACAGGAAACAAUGAAAAAAAAAAUCCAACUGACAUCAAAUUUGUUUUCUUUCAAGGUUUGUAUAUUGACCAUGGCAAACACAGUUGUAUUGGGCAACUGUUGAAGAUGUACAUUUUUUUCUUUCAAUAUAUUAUUCUUAUAUACUA